AUGGGUACGGCAUCGGAGGUCCUGCGGUCCUGUACCGGGGUGCCGCAGUUCAGGAUGUGCGCGCACCCGGCCGGAGCCCGGCGGUCCGGGCAGCGGCGAGUGUCUGUCCAGAUGCGUGUACAGAAGCUGGUUCGGAAGUGUAUAGUUUAUGAAACAGUGGUUUUCACCAAGUCUGGAAAACGCUCAGGUCAAAACGCGUACCCCCGUCAGCUGCUCCGUCUGAAAAUGUUCCGAGAGGACCAUGGGUCUUGGAUGACGAUGUUCUUCAGUACCAUCCUCUUCCUCUUCAUUUUUUCUCACAUUUAUAAUCUGUUCCUGAUUAUGGCAGGGAAUAUGAGUGCGUACAUUAUAACAGACUUCAUGGGCAUCAGGAAUGAAAAUUUUAUGAAGGUAGCUGCGGUUGGGACUUGGAUGGGAGAUUUUGUCACAGCGUGGAUGGUCACUGAUAUGAUGCUCCAGGACAAACCCUACCCAGACUGGGGAAAGUCUGCCAGAGCUUUCUGGAAGAAAGGAAACAUUAGGAUCAUUUUAUUCUG